CGUGAGAUAAUUGUUAAUCUUCAAAAAUGCAAUUAUAAAAUGGACAACGUAUGCGAGCAACUUGAAAAUUAUAUCCUUGAAAAUUGGGAGCAUGUAUCAGGAGAAACAGUUGAAAAAAUUCUCACAUGUUUUUUCACUUUAAGUUAUUUCCCGGAACAUGUUGAUGUUUUUGAAAGGAGUAGCGAAAUAAUGAUUCGUGACUUUCAGUACAUGAGUGGAUUGAGCAUAAUUCAAGGUCUUCUUUCUUUGGUAUUCUACAAGUCCUGUCCACAACAUCUUCUAGCUUUGGUUUUCUCCAAUGAGUUUGUAAAACGAAUCGAACAAGAAAUUGCGAUGUGUUAUUCGAAAGACUUUUAUCCUCAACGUAUCAUGAAUCUAAUGAUGCAACUCAAUCGAGCAGUUUGUUUAGAUUGUCCUGAAUACAACAUAAAAUGGUUCCAACAAAGCUUUAUUGAAGCUCAAGCUUCUAAACUUCCAGUAGUUAAGAGCGUCACUCACAAUGAAGUUCAUUUACUUUUACAGAGAAUUGUGAAGAAACCCGGAUACAUUUCUGUUGAUAGAGUUACGCAUUACGGUUACCGUGUCGACUUUGAACUUUACAUUGAUCAAUACAAUCGAUUUGUUGCUCCAAUUCCAGACGAUUACAUAAACAAAAAUUUCAUACCAAGCGUAAAUAGAAUUGCAAUUCUUUUACUUCAUAAUAAAAUGUUCUGUGAAAAUGACAUUCAUCGAUUAAAAGGUUCGGAAUUACUCCGAAUGCGUCAUCUUGAGAUGCUCGGAUAUCGAGUCAUUCAUGUAAAAAUUCACGAUUUCAACAUUCUGUACUCUAACAUGGCAGCAAAACUAAGAUACCUGAGGAAGUUACUUCAAUUGUCUGCUUAA